AUGAUGGGGGGCCCCCAGAGGGGCCCCCCAGAGAGUCAGCAACAAGGGGGGGUUUCAGAUUCAGGGGAAGCAGCGCAAGUUGGGAAUACUUAUUACUGCAAGUCUGUGCCUCCCAUGCCGGACCCAUGGCGCCAGCCUAAUGCGUCUGAUGACUUGAUAGGCCUCCACCCGGAGCGAGUUGCCUUCGUGAAGCAGCAAGAGGCUCACUUCACCUCUCGCCUCCGCCUGGCGACGCUGCGGCCCCGCGCCGUGUACGGCCCCGGCUUGCUGUCGAACACUUUGCCCCAUCAAACUAAAUUCUUCUGUCUUCACCAGCCCCUGCCUCCGCUGCCUAUUCCCGAGGCGCACAGGUACCAUCGGUUCACUCUGGUGGACCUUCUUGAACACGACGCGCCGGAGGUGAAGGCGGAGGCGGGAACUGAAGAGUUAUCUUUCUUCCAUUCCCUUUCAGGUAGCAACAGCAGCAGCAGCAGCAGCUCCGACAAGAGUGCGAAGGCUGCAGCAGCCAACGUAGCCGCGUUUCUCCUUUCUGCUGCCCGGACUGCUGCACUGGGGGAGCACGCGUUCCGAAAGGUGCCCAUACAGCAGCAGCAGCAGCAGCAGCCAGUAGCAGGCAGCAGCUUGCUGCGCUCUUUCUCAGCGCAAAGCAUUCGCCAGCAGCAGCUCCAGCAGCAACACAGCAGCAGCAGCAGCGCCAUCGGGGCAGCAUCUUCCGUGUCAAGCAGGAGAGGCAGAGCUGACAGUUAUGUGAGCAGCAACGUGCAGAGACAGCUGCAGCAGAAGCCGCACAUGCAUCAUCAGCAGCAACUGUACGUGCAGCAACAACCGCAGCAGCAGGGGAUGCUCCCGCAGCAGCAGGGAAUGCUGCCGCAGCAGCAGGGAAUGCUGCCGCCUCAGCAGCAAGAGUGGAGCACUCUGUCGGAAGCCAGGCAGGAGAAAAGACGAAAACCCAAACGCAGGAAGCUCGAAGAUUGGUAG